UGCCAGCCCUAGUCGGCCAACAAAAAAAAAAACAGCAAUAAAAUAAAAAUUCGCCAAUGUGCAGGGAAUAAACAAUAAAUCGAGUAAAACGCGAUCUGAAGUACCUCUAGCACACCGCACGCACCAUGGAGGCCCUAAUCCCAGUUGUUAACAAGUUACAGGACGUCUUUAACACCGUGGGCUCUGAUUCCAUACAAUUGCCACAAAUCGUUGUUCUCGGCAGCCAGAGCUCUGGCAAGAGUUCCGUGAUCGAAAGCGUGGUGGGACGCUCCUUCCUGCCCCGUGGAACUGGAAUUGUUACCCGUCGUCCAUUGGUUCUCCAGCUGAUUUACUGCCCGCUCGAUGAUCGCGAGCAUCGUUCCUCGGAAAAUGGUACUUCCAGUGCUGAGGAGUGGGGCCGCUUCCUGCACUCCAAGAAGUGUUUUACGGACUUCGAUGAUAUCCGUAACGAGAUCGAGAACGAAACAGAGCGUGCUGCCGGCAACAACAAGGGCAUCUGCCCGGAACCCAUUAACCUGAAGAUAUUCUCCACACACGUUGUCAACUUGACGUUGGUGGAUUUGCCGGGUAUCACCAAGGUGCCCGUGGGCGAUCAGCCGGAGGACAUUGAGGCGCAAAUCAAAGACUUGGUGCUCAAGUAUAUUGAGAACCCCAACUCGAUCAUUUUGGCUGUGACGGCCGCCAAUACGGACAUGGCCACCAGUGAGGCGCUAAAGCUGGCCAAGGACGUGGAUCCCGAUGGCCGUCGCACCUUGGCCGUGGUCACCAAGCUAGAUCUCAUGGACGCGGGCACUGAUGCUAUCGAUAUUCUAUGCGGUCGGGUCAUUCCCGUCAAACUGGGCAUUAUCGGUGUUAUGAAUCGCUCCCAAAAGGACAUUAUGGAUCAGAAGCACAUCGAAGAUCAGAUGAAGGACGAGGCAGCUUUCCUGCAGCGGAAGUACCCAACGCUGGCGACUCGCAACGGCACGCCCUACCUGGCCAAGACACUUAAUCGUCUGCUGAUGCACCACAUUCGCGACUGUCUGCCUGAUUUAAAGACUCGCGUCAAUAUCAUGACGACGCAAUUCCAAUCGUUGCUUAACUCCUACGGCGAGGACGUUUCCGACAAAAGCCAAACAUUACUGCAGAUCAUCACGAAAUUUGCCAGUGCCUACUGCUCGACCAUCGAGGGCACGGCCCGGAAUAUUGAGACCACUGAGCUGUGCGGUGGCGCUCGCAUAUGCUACAUUUUUCACGAGAUCUUCGGCCGCACCCUAGACUCCAUACACCCGCUGGCGGGGCUGAGCAAAAUGGACAUACUCACGGCCAUACGGAAUGCAACGGGUCCGCGACCAGCACUGUUCGUUCCAGAGGUCUCGUUUGAGUUGCUUGUGAAGCGCCAGAUUCGUCGGCUGGAGGAACCCUCUCUGCGCUGCGUUGAGCUAAUACACGAGGAGAUGCAGCGCAUUGUUCAGCACUGUGGCAAUGAGGUGCAGCAGGAGAUGUUGCGUUUCCCCAAACUUCAUGAGAAGAUUGUAGAUGUUGUCACGCAGUUGCUGCGCCGUCGUCUGCCGGAUACCAAUGUUAUGGUAGAGAACAUUCUGGCCAUUGAGCUGGCCUACAUCAACACCAAGCAUCCCGAUUUCCACAAGGACGCGGCUCUGGUGCCCAGUCUGCUGAAGACAGAUAACGAUCCCUACUCCCAGGUGAAUCUGCAGAGGCGCGGCAACACCCCGCGCAACCACAUGUCGCCACAGGUUUCGUCGCAAAGUGCAGCCUCCCAGCAGCAACAGCCACAACAGCAGCAGCCACAAAAUGAUGCCCAUGAGCAGAACCACAUUGGCGAGACGUCAUCUAUGGCCAGCACCUGGCUAUCAAACAUCUUACCGCCGGCCCCGACGCGUCCGGACAGCAUUGAGAACUCGGCCAGCAACACGCCGAUUCACAAUAAUCUUGUUAGUCCUGUAAAGCCAGUAAAUUUGCUGCCCGAUGUGCCGGCUAAUCACAAUCCACGCAGGCUGACCGAUAAGGAGCAAAAGGAUUGCGAUGUCAUCGAACGCCUUAUCAAAUCGUAUUUCUACAUUGUGCGCAAAUCCAUACAAGACUCGGUACCAAAGGCCAUUAUGCAUUUCUUGGUUAACUACGUUAAUGAUAACCUGCAGAGUGAACUGGUUACCCAUCUCUACAAGUCGGAUAGGGCCGAAACGCUCCUCAACGAGUCCGAACACAUUGCAGUGCGCCGGAAAGAGGCGGCCGAUAUGUUGAAGGCACUGACGCGGGCGAAUCACAUUAUUAGCGAGAUCCGUGAAACUCACAUGUGGUAGAUCUGGCGAUUUGGAGCAGCCUGUAUCGACUUAAUAAUCCCCACAUAUAAGCAACAUGAAAACACACCAACUAUUUAUUGAAGACGCGUUUGAAGAGAACUCAACUCCUACUUUGUUAAAUGUUUCCCCUCCUAAGCACUGAAAUAUCAUCAUCAAAUUGCAUGCGACCCUUUAUUUCGGGGUCUACCAUUUUAGCGUAUUCCUACUGCAGCAUUUCGAUUCGCCUAGCAUUUGUCAUCAUCGCUUUAUAAAGUUUUAGGAUGGUGUAAUGAAAACCGUGACUGGUUUCCUUUUAAGUUAUCCAACGCACUUAUUACACAUUGAAUAGUCAAAUAAAAGCAGAAAAGGUUGAUUCAAA